AUGGUUGCUGUGGAAGCGUUGGCCGUUGGCCUAAAAACUGGUUAUAAAGUUACAAAAAAUGAGCGAAAGCCACGUCAGAGUCGUCGCAAAGGACGUCUCACGAAAAAAACGAAGAUAGUUCGUGAACUUGUCCGUGAAGUCACUGGAUUCGCACCAUAUGAACGACGGGCUAUGGAAUUAUUGCGGAUAAGCAAAGAUAAGAAAGCUUUAAAAUAUCUGAAACGACGUAUUGGAUCACAUAAACGUGCUAAACGAAAGCGAGAUGAAAUGCAAGCGGUGCUUACAAGUUUGCGUAAACAGCAUAAAUAG